GUAGUAUUACCGGAAGGUGAGCGCUUUCGUGUCCGGUGCACAGCAGUGAUCAACGUUGGACAUUUCUUUGUGCAGAUGGUUAACGAUCAAACAAUGCAAACGUUGCCUCGGCUGGACGUGUACAUGCUUGGUGUUUAUGUGCAACCGAGCGGUAUACCGGAUAUGCCAAGGCCCUUGCAACCGGGCAAAGUAUGUGCUGCCCCGUUCCAUAAUUGGUGGUAUCGUGCGGUGACGGUGCAGUAUUAUGCGGAGGAAGAUGAAGUUCUUGUUAAAUUAGCUGAUUAUGGUGGAUAUUUGCGCCUUCCACGAUCCGAUUUACGGCAGAUCAGGUUAGUCAGUUUCUGGAUUCGCACAGUUGCUCAAAUUCUUUGCGAAGUGCUGAGCUAG